UGCUAAGCUAGCUAAAAGUCAAAACUGUCAAGUCAAUCUGUGUGAAGCUGGAGGAACUUAAACUGUAACUAUCUGGGAAUAUAAGGUUAAUAACUCCUCAUCCACAAUCAACAUGAGUGAUGCUUGGCAGGAGUGUAUGGAUCACUGUGUGGAGGUCACCAAAAAGGCUGGCAAGAUGAUCCGCGAGGCGCUCCAGAAGGACAUCGCCGUCAUGCAGAAGAGCUCGCCAGUUGACCUGGUGACCGAGACGGACCAGAAAGUGGAACAGCUCAUUAUAUCCGCCAUCAAGGAAAAGUACCCCACUCACAGCUUCAUAGGUGAGGAGUCAGUGGCAGCAGGUGCUCCCAGCGUACUAACCGACAAUCCCACUUGGAUCAUCGACCCGAUUGAUGGUACCACCAACUUUGUUCACAGGUUCCCAUUCGUGUCUGUAUCAAUUGGCUUCACCGUGAAGAAAGAGAUAGAGUUUGGGAUUGUCUACAGCUGCAUCGAGGACAAAAUGUACACAGCACGGAAAGGGAAGGGCGCGUUCUGCAACGGAGAGCCCAUCAAAGUGUCUGGACAAGAAGAUAUUAGCCAGUCUCUGGUCCUGACAGAAAUGGGCUUCAAGAAGGAUCCUGAGCAGUUCAAAACAAUGCUGGCCAACAUCAGGACCAUCCUCACCAUCCCUGUACAUGGUAUCCGCUCCCCGGGCAGUGCAGCUGUCAACAUGUGUCUGGUGGCGUGUGGAUCAGCUGAUGCUUACUACCACAUGGGCAUCCACUGCUGGGACAUGGCUGGAGGAGCAGCGAUUGUUACCGAAGCUGGAGGAGUUAUCAUGGACAUCUCAGGUGGACCGUUUGAUCUGAUGUCACGGAGGCUGAUCAUCGCCAGCAGCAAAGCCAUAGCAGAGCGCAUCGCCAAGGAGAUAACAGAGUUUCAUGUUGGCAGGGACGACGCAGAUGGCCAGUAAAUUCUCUAUCAUCUCAUCACCAACUUUACAGUUAUUUAAUCACAGACUGUUUUGUAUUAACAAGUUACGAUUCCGUCUUUGCCUUAAGAACCAAACGAUAAAGUUACCUCUAAAGAACAAUCUAAAGAUUGUCAGCACUUGAGACUUUUAGCCCUCUCUCUGCUUUCUUUAUAAGUCACUGUUGUAUUUCUGCACUUAGUCAUUCACAGAUUUAGACUUUUUAUUCUGUUGUAACUUGGAAAGAAAUGAUGUGAUUGUGUUGAAGGAAUUAUGCCUGUGUCCAAAUACACACUUGUUUUACUGUAUUGUUGUUUAAUAAUUAGCCAGUUUUUA